UGGCGCGCGAAGGCGCGGACUCGUAAAUAUUUGUAAUUUUGUUCGAUGACGUCCAAAUUUUCGGGCUACGGGUUGUCGUACUAUCAGAUCACGUGAAUCAUCGUGUGAAGAUGUAGAAACACACAAGCGCCAGAAGUACCGUUUCUCAAAACGGUCGCGAGCGAGCGCGAUGAUAAUUUGCAACGUAAACGUUCCCAUACAGUUAGUUUCAGGUCAGUUACGAGUUUCAUCGUCGACGCUCAUCACGGAGAAAAUACCAAAUUAUAUUACGGAAAUUUUAUGCUCAUGUAGCGUUAACGAUAUCGAGGUCGAUUCGUUCUUCGCUCUACUCGCGAGGAACAAGUAGAAAAUGAGAACAAAGCAAUCUUGUCGCAACUUAGAUUCGGUCUUACAUUCGGAUCAAAUAAACAUCGUCCUCGAUUUCUAUAGAUCAUUCUUUUUAAUGGCACAUACUUCGAGAUAUGAUAAUCUUGUUAUUAACGUAUAUUGACGCUAAAAAAGUAUUUGCAUGAUUACUUUUAAUAGAACGUAGUUUAGAUAUAAAAUUAUAAAUAGGAAAGGUUAGGAUGAGUAUACGAUUUACUAGAGUUAGUUUGCGAUAUCAUAGCGCGAUACAAUUUAUUUUUAGAAGUCAACAUGCAAUACGAUUAUUGACAUAGGUUAGUAUCAAACGUUAUUUGAGGAGUUCAUUAUCUUCAGCACGUUUGGUUAUCUAAUUAAUAAAAUAAAGGAGAUUUCCUCAAAUCGAUGGAGAAAUUGUCAUAUUUAAUGCAAGUAUUAAUGUUUAAAAUUGGAUAGUGCCUUGACAAAUAGUGUAUUCCACAAUUUUGCGUUAACAAUAAAGUUUCAACGUGGUAUAACUUCCAAAUAGCUCUUCGUUAUCUCUUUGGAUUAGAUGAAUAGGUAUUGGAAUUAUUAGAAAUUGACAUAGAAAUUGCAAAUAUCUCAAUUCAUUGCAUAUUCUUGUACGCGAAUCGAUCUCGUGGAGGAACGAUUUUCAAAUAAAUUAAAUGCCAGAAUACUUUUCAAUAUUUACAGUCAAGAUCAUGUAAAAAAACAGAGACGAUGAAACUCAGAGAGAAAAACAUAUAUCACGGCGCGUUUCCUAUUUACAGGUUUGAAACGCGUGACACGGAGGAGAAACAAAAUCGAAUAUCGCGAUUUCUUAUUUAAUGAAAAGGAACAAGAAUCGUCGUUCUAUCGCUUUCUCUCCGAACAUUUACCAUGAAAAAGCUCUUUUAACAUUAUCUUGUCGAAUAAUCUUAUUCGAGAAACCUUAUUUCGUGACAAAUAUCUGAAGAAGAAUGGAACAACAGGUGUCUAUACAUUCUAUAUAGGUUGAGUGGUAACGCGAAUGGACUGUAAUACUCAUUUCUAUCGUCGAUGGAUUACGAAACUCAGACAAUUGAAAAAAAAGAAGGUAUCAUUGACACGAAUUCAUUUUCUCUUUCUAAAUCUGUGACAUCCGCAGUGUAGGGAAAAGGAGAGCAGAAGCAAAAAGAAUCUUAAUCAAAGCCGCGCGUUCAAGUCGAAACACGUUCGAGGGAAAUAAAAGACGACAUCUAGGGGGAAAAAGAUCGAAACACGUUAGAGGAGGACAAAAGCACGCGGUUGUGGUUUUUAGAUACUGUCAGCGAGCGUUGCAAGCGGUGGGAAAAAGUAUAGCACGAAUGGGGAACGAGAGGCAGGCGAGGACACGAAUAGUUGAAGUUGAAAGCCAGAGGACAGGAGAAAUGUCUGUAAGGCAAAAAUAAAGGUAGAAUUAUAAAGAACACGUUUAAACCUGUACUAGCGGGUAGCAUUACUAGGUGGUAGGGCGAGAGGGGGUGGUGGGGAAAAAUUGGUGAAUCAGUGGUGGGGUUAGAUUGAAGAGUACGAAACAGAACUCUGAAAGAGUAUGAAAGACAUAAAGAAAAAGCGAUAAAUGGAGGAUGAAAGAGGAAAAGAGUACACGUAGAAUGAACGGAAAGAGAGAUACGUAGUACGUAAAAGAGUACUCGAUCGAAACAGAGGAAAGAGAAAGGUGUGCAGUGAAAAAGGCACGUAUAGGUGUAUUAUAUACGUAUGUGGUGGUAAGCGAGAGGCGGGAACGUGGAUGGAAAAAAAAGGAAGAAGAGGAGGAACAGAAAGAAAAGAAGCGUGAACUGUGAAGUUUUGGAUGAAGUGUAUGAGAUAGUAAGGGAGGUUGAAGAAGAAAGAAGGAAGGUGCGUUACAUCCUGGAGUCCGAUGUUCAGAGUCGUACGAUGGCCGGGGCUCUGUCCGAGAAUGCCCCAAGGCCUGUCAGUGUCGUCGCGGUAGGCGGUGCAACCGUUGACAAUGCAAGGAGUAACCAGCUUAGCAGACCGCAGGAGUCGCGGGACAAUGCGCGGUCUUUCACUUCAACGGAGGCACAAACGGAGCUACCGCUGCAAAAUGGUCCAGAGGCGUUGGAGGAUCUCGACGGCGUUCGCGGUGCUCGUCGAAGAGAGAGGCGAUUGCGAAGGCAACAUCGUCGAGCCUUGAGAUCAUGCUCGAUGCCACCAUCUUAUCCUGGGACGUCGACGGGAUGUCAGGCUUCCUCUACAGCACCGGGUGUACCUUUGGUUACCCCUACCAGAGGAUUUCUACAUCUUCCACCGCCCCAUUUGGGCCUUAGGGGUCUUAGUCUUGGACUACCGUUUCCGGUCUCUACCAGCGUCUCUGCUUUUGGACGGGAUGCAGUACCGAAGCAGUGUUGUGGCCUCGGUUCCCCUCCUGUACGUUGGUCCAUACUGGGUGUCGGAGUGGUUGGCCUGGUGUGCGCGGGUGCUGGUGCUCUGCUGGGGGCCCUCAGGGCUUCUGGUCGCGAUCACAUCGCUGUCGCGCUGCUUAUGAUCGGUAUAGGAGUGAUUCUGGUAACUGUGAGCGCUGUAGCGUGGCGAGUGACCAGUCAAGAAAAUUGUGGUAGUUUCUUUGGUUUCACGGGGAUCUCGAGCAGGAUCCCGCCGGCGAGGCCAAUUCAUCCGUACGCUGCCAUGAUUUAUCCGGAAUUCCAAUUUAGAACGCCACCUCCGAGUUAUCAGGCGAGUAUGCAAGAAUACAGGCUUCGACUGCUCCUUCUGGAUCGACUGCAGCCAACGUCCUCACCUCCGCCGACCUACAGAUCCAACGCUGGAAGCAUUGUGACUCCUGGCACGACUAGAGAAAGCAGACCGCCGAGCUAUUGCACUAGAUCGAACAUUGCAUCGAACACGAAUGUCACGCCAUCGAAGAAGGACGCGAAUCUGGUCAGGAUCGUUCAGACAGAAUCAGAACCAGUCAUUUUGAGUGGUGAUCAAACACCUCCAGUAGCAGCUGUCGAAGUUCUUGCGCAUCUUUGAUUCAUUCCCAUACUUUUCCUGUAAUUACGUUAUUUAUCGUUACUGUCGGGAUGAUAUUGUUGCAAUUAGUCUAAACAAUGGCGUUAUACCGGACGAUUUAAUAAAAAGAAUAAUGUCUGUCGUGCAAUACAACUAUUAGAUUGUUCCAUAAGCAAUGAACAUUUUGGAAGAUGAUUUUUAAUAUCAAUUAUCGUGAUUGCAACCUUCUUUUCUAUUAUUCCUUCCUAACUAUUAGCUUCUAAAAGUUUUUUACAUUCUAACAGAACAAAAACCUUCUCUUUUAUGAAAUCUAAAUGUAAUGAAUAUUUUGGAACAUGAUCUUUAAUACUAAUUAUCGUGA